GGCUGGUGAAGCUGGGCGUUCACUGCAUCACGGGGCAGAAGGUGGCCAUCAAGAUCGUGAACCGGGAGAAGCUGUCGGAGUCGGUGCUGAUGAAGGUGGAGCGGGAAAUCGCCAUCCUGAAGCUGAUCGAGCACCCACAUGUGCUGAAACUGCACGACGUCUACGAGAAUAAGAAAUAUUUGUACCUGGUGCUGGAGCACGUCUCGGGCGGGGAGCUCUUCGACUACCUGGUGAAGAAGGGGCGCCUGACCCCCAAAGAGGCUCGUAAGUUCUUCCGGCAGAUCGUCUCCGCCCUGGACUUCUGCCACAGCUACUCCAUCUGCCACCGUGACCUCAAGCCGGAGAACCUGCUGCUGGACGAGAAGAACAACAUCCGGAUCGCGGACUUCGGGAUGGCGUCCCUGCAGGUCGGGGCCAGCCUGCUGGAGACCAGCUGUGGCUCUCCCCACUAUGCAUGUCCCGAGGUGAUCAAG